AUGUCUGACGACGAGCAGCACCAGCAGACCUUCGAGCAGGCCUCGGCCGGCGCCUCGCUCACUUUCCCGAUGCAGUGCUCGGCUCUUCGCAAGAACGGCCACGUCGUCAUCAAGGGUCGCCCGUGCAAGAUUGUCGACAUGUCGACCUCGAAGACCGGCAAGCACGGACACGCCAAGGUCCACCUUGUCGCCAUCGACAUCUUCACGGGCAAGAAGCUCGAGGACCUCUCGCCCUCCACUCACAACAUGGACGUUCCUAACGUUGUUAGGAACGAGUACCAGUUGAUGAACAUCGACGACGGCUUCCUCAACCUCCUCACUGCUGACGGCGGCGAGAAGAACGACGUCAAGGUUCCGGAGGGCGAGAUUGGCGACCAGAUCCAGGCUGCUUUCGACAACGGCGACGACAUCAUGGUCACGGUUACCUCGGCGAUGGGCGAGGAGCACUGCUUGGGCUGGAAGCCGGCUCCCAAGUCGUAG